CGAAAUUCUUUUCUUUUUCUUCAUCAGGGAUAUUAAGAAUCAACAAUGUCCUUUCCAUACAAAUUUAAUUAUGCCCAAGUGGCUCGUGAAUCUGGAUUUCAAAUUCGCAUUUUUAACGAUGGCCCAUUGGAUUGGCAUUUAAUGGGUUCUGUGGAAGUGGAACGCAUUGUACGUGAUCAAUGUCUUGAGCAAAUAGAUUCUGUAUUGAGUCAUUUAUCAGAAGCACCUUUGGCUUCUAUACUUGAAAGCAACAUCCUGGAUAGCGGUAUUGCCAAAUACUUCUUGCUCUCCCAAUUCUCCAUACAGUAUUUACUGUUCUGUCGCAAGUUCCUUGAGGAAACAUUGGCAGACCUUAGAGAAAGUCAUGCGUCUGCACAAAUGGACGUUGCCACCCUAAAGAGGUCAUUAUCGGAAGCCAACAACGAAAUUCUUCAAUUAAACAAACGGGUUACUCAGAUGGAGGCAAUACACGAAGUCAUCUAUCCAUGUCACCUGUGCACCAAGAACUUUGUAAGCAAUGACGCCUUAAAUCUCCACAUUUCUCGCAAGCAUAACAAUAAUAAAAAUGUUAAGUACGAUUUGCCAACUGUAAAGGAUCGGGAAAAUGAUCUGAGUUUGAUAAAUACGAUCAAGUUGGAAUUAGAAAUAAAACGCUUAAAGGAGCGUUUAAAUAAUGCCGAAAGAAAAAUAAAGGAAGGUGUGGAGGCAACAUCGCCGUCAGGAACUAAAAACAAAUGCAACAGCAAUACACCAACACCAAUAGCACCAAUAGCAACCAAUAGUAUCGGAAUACAAAGUAAUUUAACCGAAACGAAAGAGCAGGAUGAGAAAAAAGACGAAAGCCCGCAUAUAUGUCAGAGGGCAGAACAGAUUUCAAAUUUACAUGAAUCACUUCUUGACUUAAGUAAAUGGAAGGAGGAACAGCGCCAUCAAAGCUCUGAGUGUUUAGCUGAAAUAAAUAAGAAAUUGAAAGAGCUAACGGAAGUCAUAGAACAGCAAAAACAACAUAGACCAGACGAAUUGCCUUCAACAUCAAAGGCGUCAAUAGAUGAGUUAGAUGCUUGGUUAAGUCUAAAGGUAGACGAAAUCAGCGAAUUAACCUUCGGAAAGCUGAAUGAAGUAGUUAAAAGGAUGGAAAGUAAUUAUAAAGAAAAACUGGAGACACUUGAAACGGAAUUACUGAAGAAGAAGUCUAAGCAGACAGAAGCAGUUCAAUUUAUCCAACCAGUCAAAGACACUUUGGAAGCAGUGCAAGAAUCAGCUAGCGACAAUAUCACUGUCAAAGAUGAAUCAAAGCAAUCGCAGACACAAACAGUUUCAUACAACAAACGUUUUAAUGAAAAAUGUGAUGGGUUCGAAACAGACUCGUCAUUGGAAGAGGGGUCCAGUUCGCAUAGUAAUCACACCUUUACAAAAUCCCAAGCGCAAGCUCAAGAAAACAAAUAUGAUCGAGGACACGAUUCUGACACAGAUGAAUCGGGCGGUGUAGUAAGAGAUAGAAUCAAAUCCCCUGGUCGAAAUAACUUUGGAAACAACGAAUCAUCCGGACGUACUACCAAGGAUAAUACAGAGAGAAACCCGUACAACGAUACGAAGCAUAGGAUCAUCACACCAAAACCUAAAACAGUUACAAGAAAAGAAACCAGACGACUCUUGAAAUCACGCUUAAUAGACUUGGGCAUAGACAAGCAAGUGACCAACCUUACUCCAACGUCAAUGAAAGUGGUAGCCAAAGAGCUAAGUGAAAGAAGACACAAACUGAAAGAGAAAUACCCCAAUUUUUAUGCAACAAGAAAUAAAAUAAAAAAGUUUGUUGAUAAACUCUGUUCCUCUAAAUUACCUGAAAAUGCGCGAGCAUUAUUGGAUGCUACUAGGCCCCCGAAACAAGUGGGAAAUUCAUUGAAGCAAACGGAAGCCGACUUUUCAAUUUCUCCGGACGAAGAAAAUAAAAAUGCUGAAGAAAAGCCAAAGGGCUACGCAACUUCAGAAUUCGGAUUGCACUCAGUACACGAUCCGGAAUUCAAACAAAGGCUUGAAAGUAUCCUCGCAUCACCGAUAAGAAAGCCCGAGGAAAGUUUUAAAAAUAAUUCAAGCGAGGAAAACGACAUUAAAGCACCCGUUCCACUGCCUCGGAAGAAAGUAGUGUUUAGUCGAAGUGAUAUCAACGACACCCUAAGUUUAAGUGAAGCAGAGAGUCCUUCAUUUACAAAGAAAUAAAUUUCGUUAUAAAUA